AUGCAGAGAGCAGCCACAAGGAAAUUCUCAUCUCUUCUUUUUGGCACCUCUCCUGAAGCUCCUUCUGGUGUCCCUGCAACUCGCCGCACCAUGCUUCAAUCAAUCAGCAACGCUAUUGACAUCACCCUCACAAAAGACAAAACGUAAAUUUUACAUAGAGCUUGCUUAUUUGGUGAAGACAUUGCAUUUGGUGGCGUUUUCCGUGUCGCUGAAGGCCUACGUCAAAAGCAUGGCGAAAAUCGUGUAUUUAACACCCCGCUCUGUGAACAAGGAAUCGCUGGCUUUGCUAUAGGAUUAUCAGCAAUCGGCAUUACGACGAUCGCUGAAAUCCAAUUCGCUGAUUAUAUAUUCCCAGCAUUUGACCAAAUUGUAAAUGAGGCUGCAAAAUAUAGAUACAGAUCAGGUGGGCAAUUUAACGUGGGCUCUUUGCUUAUAAGAGCUCCUUAUGGUGCAGUAGACCAUGGUGCCCUUUAUCACUCACAAAGCCCUGAAGCAUAUUUUGCUCACACUCCAGGACUGAAAGUUGUGAUUCCGAGAGGACCAAUCCAAGCGAAAGGACUUUUAUUAGCCAGCAUUAGGGACCAAAACCCAGUCCUCUUUUUCGAGCCGAAAAUGUUGUAUAGGUCUGCAGUUGCUGAUGUCCCUAAUGAAGACUAUGAAAUUCCUUUAGGUAAGGCUGAAAUUUUAAAGGAAGGGAAAGACAUUACCUUGAUUGGCUAUGGGCUGCAGCUUGUUCAUAUGGAAAAAGCUAUGAUAAGGGCUGAGAAAGAGCUAAAAAUUUCUUGCGAAUUGAUUGAUUUAAGGACUAUUAGCCCUCUUGACAGAGAAACUAUUAUAGAUAGCGUAAAGAAGACUGGUAGAGUUCUGAUUGCUCAUGAAGCACCUAAAUUUGGAGGGUUUGCUGGAGAAAUAGCGACGAUUAUCAAUGAGAACUGCUUCUUGCACUUAGAAGCGCCGAUUCAUAGGGUUUGUGGAUGGGAUACUCCAUUUCCUUUGGUAUUUGAAAAGAUGUAUUAUCCAGAUGAGCAUCGAAUUUUUGAAGGCAUCAAGUCUAUGCUAUUUUAAGCUGUAAUUUAUGUAGAAUUAAUACGAUUAUUGCUAUAUUAUAAUAAAUAUCACAUUAUUUACUGAAAAAAUUGCUAAAACUUAUAUUAUCAUAAUUUACAAUUAAUUUCUAG